AUGCUAGGGAUCCUUACUUACCACGCUACUGUAUCCUCGUCGUCUCCGCCGCCAGCUAACGACGUGGCUGCAACAUGGCUCUACGAGGGGACGAGGGAGGAAACCUGGUCCUGUCUUGUCGUUCUACUCACAUUUUGGUCUUUCGGUCAGCUUCUCCCUCCAUCUGGCUCCUCUUUUUCUCCCCGGUUUGUUUCUCAAUUCUAUAAAGCAUCAAGGUGUGAGAUGUUCUCUCUUCCUUUUUAUCAACCUUCCUUUCCUUUCCUUCGCAGCAGCGUCCAUGACUCUGAUCCUCGGCUUCUAUGGGUCCACCAACCUCGUCCUCGGCCCCAAUUCCUCCCAGAUCCUCGACGCCAAUUCCUUGUUCGUUCAGGAUAUCAAGGCGCGUCAGUGCCUUGCUUUAUUUUGAUACCUCUUAUGCUUAGUAGGGCCAAUCAUCUUCUAUUUGAAUGGAAUGAACGGAUGAAGAUCUUCAAGAAAAAUAGCGAGAUAAAAUAUAGGUCAUAAGUGAAUAAAUAGCCUCUCUAUAUUAUCCUCUCACGUCAUCUUACUGGAGUCCCGUAUACAACGUUUAACAUCUUUUCUUCACAAACAGCUUCAGUCUGACACCGGCGCACAAGGUCCAGAGCUUUAUGGCUUCUCUGAACGACCUCCACUAGAUGUUAAAGUCAUGUGGUCUGAAAUCCACAAUGUAUCUGUAAUAGACGGUCUCCACAAGGUGAGACAUUCUUGCCCACCAUUAUGUCUGUCCUCUCUGCGUCUCUGUAAGUUCCCUUCACUCUUUAUCUUCCUAAUGUCCGUAACUACAUCCAUCCCAGGAAUGGGUGUACUAUCUCAAUGAAGGUUCUCACAUAAGCAUAUCGUACAACAUAAAUUCGCAAGGAUCGUCUCCUUUAAUUCUCAUAAUUGCCAAAGGUAAUACCACCUCCACAAAGGACUGCCUCGUUUUGAACCUCCCUGGCAUUGCCAAGAAGACAAAUAUUUUCCUUUCACCCAAUGUGCGAACAGUUCUUAUUGCAACUAGUUAACUCCUUUUCUGCAUGCCAAGUAUCAUUUCAACUAUGUAGGAUUAACAAGCAGACAUGUGUAAAGUAUCAUAUUUACAUAAUAUGAUCUGGAGGUCUUCUUCACCUCACUGGGGCAUCCUAUAUCUAUGUGCCCGUGGAUUGUGAAAUCAUCCGUAGGGCAUACUGUAGAGUUGAUGAAGCGUAUUUUAAAAGUUUUCUGUGUUUCUAUGUCUUUGAUUGAUGACUUAUCUAUUAUUUUUCCAUAUUAUAAGGGGAAUUGUAUUUCUGGUUAAUGUUGAUCUGUUUUAUGAUUUUUACCUUGGGAACUUUUUAGUUACCAGCAAUUGUUUUUUGAGCUGAUAAUCAGUUAUUCUCUAUAGUUUUUUUCAAGGUGCAACCUGUAUGACUGCAUGAUAUACAAGUUUUGAUGAGUCAGUAAAAAACAAUGGUCAUGGGUUUUCUGUUUGUCGUUCACUUCACUGAGAAACUUCGAUGAUAUUUAAACAUCAGUCCUUUUAUUUAUGCAUGAUGUUUCGACAGUCUCUAAGCUCUUUGGAUGUCAACAAUCCUUCAUUUAUAGGUGAAGAAAGCCUUCAUAGAUGGAUGGAAGACCCAUUGUUUCCUCAUAAUACUUUGUCGUGGAAUCUUAUUAAUGGUAAAAGCCUUCAGCAUUCUAAGGAGUGUGAAAAAGAUAUUGCUUUUUUGUUGAUAAAUCCUUUCUAAAGGUAGAAAGCAUUCGUUUCAGGGAGUGGUCUUGUUCAACAGAAGAUCCUAAAGUCGUCUGACUACUAUAUCGCUGUAGGCAACCUAAAUCCAAUGCCAGUGGAGGUAUCUUAUCCAUUCGAUUUCGGAGUUUGCAGAUAGCUUGCAGUUGUUCAACAUUCAUUUCUGGAAGUUCAGUUCGUGCAUUUGCAUCAUUCACAUGGAGAUCUUAUUGCGUCUUUUAAGUGCUAUUUUUUCUCAUAGCAUAGAAUUUUUUCGAAUGAUUUGACUCAGCAAAGAUGCAUUAAAACAGGUGGCGUUGAACUUUGAUAUUGAUGCUUUACUGUACAAUACAACUGGAGCAUCCUACCAAUGCUCAUUGCGUCAUGGUUUAUGUGCUGUAAGGCUAUCGUUUUUACACACAAAUGCUGCGGUACUUGCGACUUCUAGCCUUCAACAGGUAAUAGAGACAUGAACUAUUACAUCUUUUACACUUGUAGUCACUAAAUGAUCAGUGAACUUGGGAAUUUCAAUAUAAUAUAAUUGAAUCUGAGUUUGACGGGCAAACAAGAUAGAACUACAGCUACCAACUCGUGAAGUGUGGUAUGAUGUGGAAUGGCAGGGACAGCCGAAGAUUUACCACCAAAUUUUAGGAUUCUUUGAUGGGCUUGUUCUGACUUUUCUGACUUUGGACUUUAGGCCUGAAUUCGGAGGUUGGAGAAAGAUGUUUCGGAGAGAUCCUAAUGAUGGAGGUGAUCCUGGUGAUGGUGGAAGUGAUGUGAUAUAUGUCACAUCUCCAGGAACUCUUAGUAUCUUGGAUUAUAUUGGUGUCGAGAAGAUGUCAUCCAUGAUAACUAUGGUCGAACCGAUAUUUCUUAUCAGUGGAGAAAACGAAAUGUUGUCCUUUGGUUUUACUAUGAAUGGUGCUUUUGUUUCGCCAUUCAUGAAGCUAGCGCCAUGAUGCUUUGGUUUCGUCAUCACUAAGUCUAUCAAUGAAAAAAAAAGAGAGGAACCUUCGUGCCUGAUGAGAGGCUUGAAUUCCACAGGGAGAAACAUGUUAUGUUUGACUCUGCCUGCGAGAAAAUUUCGUCUGAAAUUCAAAUAGUCUAGAAACACACACACAUGGUGGAUGUGUAGUUGCAUGCUCUUAGUUAUUGUCUGUAGCCUACGAACGUAUGUUAUCAUAUCUCCUUUCAUAACUUCUCGCCCUGUCUCUUUUGCAAACCUUUCUUAGGAUAUGAGGUCAGUGCUCAUCACUAAGGGCAGGUUUCUAUUAAUGAUCAUGCCUUGUGUGAGAAGUCGGUUUAGUUAAUGUUUUAAAAUACAGCACAGCGUUUGACCUUUCACACUUUCUGAUUGCUUCUGUAGAUGGUUACUUAGUAUUCUUCUUUCAAUAAUCAGAUAGCUAUGAUCCAACAUGUCCAUGUAACCGAGAUUAUUUUUAGUCAGUAUUUACUAUUUGAAUGCAUGGAGACUGAAAUAAUGCCCUUUUCAUUUGACUUCUUAUUGGGCGUACGCAGAAUGAGGACGACAAUGAGCUGUUUGUCAAAUUGUCAUACGAACCUCGAUGGAUAACAUAUCUUUUUGGCUCAGGUAUAUCUUGAUAAUAAAUCCUAAGCCCCAUCAACCCCCCAUCCCAGAGAAAAAUUAAAAUUAAAUUAAAAAGGCCCAAAGAAGUCUUCACCUUUUUUAUGUAAUAUUUUCAGCUUUGAUGACUGUUGUUAUCGUCUUGGCCUUCAAGAUGAUCAACUAUCUUCAUUGUAACUCCAAUAAUAAUCAAGCAGCAGAGGCAUCACCUGAAAGAGCGCCGCUUCUUUUGAGCAAAGAUGAUGAUACCGCAAGUUUGGGUUCGUCGUAUGAUUCUGUUUCAAAUGAUGAAAAUGAUAUUGAGGAAUCGCUUCUCUCUCAAAAUAGACCUGACAGCUUAAGAUGGAGUGAAGGAUAUGAUCCCCAUCACCUCUGUACAAUUUGUCUUGAUGCAGCGAAAGAUUGUUUUUUCCUUCCAUGUGGACACUGUGCUACAUGUUUUGCGUGUGGAACAAGGUGUGUGCUUCCUUGCUCUCCUGAUUUUGUGAUAACUUCUUUUCCUUCCACGAUUUUCUUUAAUAUAGUGACACUGAUGUACAUUCCUAAUUUCGUAGACAUUGACAUUGUAUUGCUUUGUUACCCUAUAGGGUCGUAGAAGACGGUGGCACUUGCCCUAUAUGUCAGAGAAGAAUGAAGAAAGUGAAGAAAAUAUUCACGAUAUAG